AUGGACUCCCCAUCGAUAUCUCAGGUUGCCCCUAAUCUGUUUGUGGGCAAUGUUGCAUGUUCCAUGAACCGCAAUGUUCUUCGCCAUCACAACAUCACAGCAAUAGUCUCCCUCUUGGACGGCCCAUAUUCGAAAUGGGAUAGUCCCAAAAACAGGCAAAUUAUCCCCCAAGAGUGCCAUCUAUUUGUGCCUUGCCUUGACAAUUCAACGAUGGACAUCCUCUGCUUAUUAGACGACAUCUGCGACUUCAUCGACCUACAACUGGAUCGUCACGGUUCACUGCGGUCGCCAUCUUCUGUUAUUUCAGAAGAAUUCGACUUUGACACUACUUCAACGAUCGAUAGCGAAGACUCAGCGCGAGAGUCGAAUGUAUUGAUCCACUGUCGUCUUGGAAUGUCCCGAUCCGCUUCCGUUGCAAUAGCAUAUCUCAUGCGUCAACGGCAACUGAGUUUGGACGUCAUUCUCGCCGAAGUCAGGACAAGGCGAAAGGUGAAGCCACGAGAGAACUUCAUGGACCAACUUCAAGUUUGGCAAGCUGUCAAAUACCAACUAUGGGAGGACAGCCAGAAACGAAUCCCCAAGGCACCUUACCAGAGUUACCUUGAUAGACGAGCUGUGAGACUGGAGGCAAAGGGAAUGACGGGUAACGAGCCCAUAGUCCCGCUCUGUGACUGGGACGAAUAUUGA